CUUACUUGGAUGUUCAAGGACCAUCGCCAUCUUUGCAUUUUAAAGCAGUUAACAUUGGCUUGAACAUCACUUUAAAGUGUCUCUAUAAAGAAUCUGAUGGAGUUAUUUUCUACUGGUAUAAGCAAACUCUUGGGCAGAAACCAAAGCUUAUAUCAGAGUUUUAUAAGUAUAAGAGAAAUAGCUCACUUAAAGGUGAAUUUUGGAAAGAUCAACGAUUUGACCUGGAAACUGGCACGGAUAAAAAUAACUUGAAAAUCUUGAAUGUACAAAUGUCAGACUCUGCUACUUACUACUGUACAGGAAUUCAUUCAUAUGAGUAUAAAUUUCUAGAGGGCAUUAUACUUCAUGUAAUGGAAUCAGAUCUGAGUGUUUGGACUCCCCAGCUCGGAUUUGAAGAUAUUCAAUCAGAAGGUUCUGUGUCUUUGGGCUGCAGAAUUCAAACUGGAAGCUGUAAUGAAGGAUACAGUGUUUACUGGGUCCAAAGCUCAGAAGAACAUCUUCCAAGAAUAAUUUACACCCAAGACACAACUGAUGAACUCUGUAAGAGAGACAAAACCACGCAAACAAAUAGCUGUGUAUACAGCUAUACCAUAGAGAGGAUGAAUGAAUCACAUGCGGGGACAUACCACUGUGCUGUUGCCUUAUGUGGACACAUUCUUUUUGGAAAGGGAAUAACGCUCGACCACAAGAAUCUGAAAGAGGUGCCUGGAGUGAGGGAGAUCUGGUGGUUUCUGCUUGGGACUCUAGCCCCCAUGACCCUGUCCAAGAUAAAGCGGAAGAAGACACCAGUAGUUGUAAAACACAAAGAAAGCUCAGAGUAUAAGUCAGUGCGCAGCAAUACAGGAGGAACAACAGCUUUGGCUUGCGGAGGAGGUCUGGAGCGCUGCGGGGCGGAGCGCUGCGGUGCGGGGCGGUGCGGGGCGGUGACAGAGGAUGUGGGAUUUCUGGGUAACAGGAGAAGCGGCGCGGUCCGCUAUCCGUGA